GUGGUUGAAGAAGCUAUCACACACGACUCAUCGACAGUAUUGCAUACAGCCGUGCAUUGGAGGAUGGAUAUCCUGCUUAUACAUGAGAUUGUUGAACUCAUGUCACCAGAUAUACGAGUAUAAAACUAAAAAAUAUGGUUACUCAGCAUGUCAUCGUGCUUCUAUCUUCGGAUAUGCAAAAUCUGCUGAGGUGAUGGUAAAUAAAAAUCCCAAAUUAACUCAGAUACGUGAUUCCAAUGGAAGAAAUACCAUGUUAUACAAGCAGUCGCAUUGCUUAAAAAGAUGUUAACACAAGUCAACAACAAUUACAAUAAUCCGGGGAUAAGAUUUUUUUUCCAAAAUGAUCCUGGGAUAAGAGUUUUUUUCAAAAUAAUUCCGACAUCAUCAAGGUAGCCAUAAAGCAUGGAAUCAUUGAAGUCGUAGUGGAGGUUCUUGAGCAGUUCCCUUAACUCAUAUGGUAUCCAUUACCGCAUCAAAGGAUGAUAGGAAUGGCUAUUGCAGAACGGAACGAGAAGAUGGUAAGUCUCAUAUGUGAUCUUGGUGACGUUUAUGGAGAUAAAGUUUGAUCUGGUUUCUACAACGGAUGAUGAAAAAAAUACCAUCUUGCAUUAUGCUGCCAAGUUAGCACCUUCUGCACGACUCAAUUUGAUCUCUGGUGUAGCCCUUCAGAUGCAGCGAGAAGUGCAGUGGUUUAAGGGGGUGGAGAGUAUUAUGAUGGAAACAGAUUGGUAUAAGAGAAACAAGAAAGGGGAUACAGCUCAACAUUUAUUUACAAUUGAACACAAAGAUUUGCUGAAAGAAGCAGAGAAUUGGAUGAAGAAUACAUCUGGUUCCUGCAUGGUAGUUGCUGCUCGCAUAGCCACCGUAGCAUUUGCAGCUGCUUUUACUGUUCCAGGAGAAAUGGAUUUCCUCAAGGUUCUACCACAAAAGCUAAUCAUUGGUUUUGCAACACUGUUCAUACCUAUAGCAGCGAUACUGGUAGCUUUUGGUGCAUCAGUGUAUAUUGUGGUUGGGGGCCGGUAUCCAUGGGCGCCGAUUCCGAUAGCAUUGUUUACUUCCUGUCCUAUCCUCUUGUUUGCAUGCUUGCAAUUGCCAUUGUUUUAUGAAAUGGUUCAUUCUACAUAUCGAGGCAGUAUCCUUGGGAACCACAUAUAUAUUUCAUAUACAGUUGAAAAGAAUAAGAAGAAAAAAUAAAAUAGUGGAACGAGUGAGAAAUCAAAUUUUAUGAAGGAAAAUAAAUAGUGGGAUGAGUGAGAAACCAAUUUGUAUUAAGUCACAUGUAUAUACACUAUUCUAGCUGGUUCUAGAAAGCUGCUAUUCGACCCCAUAGGCUCAUC